ACAGUUUCCGCUUUCAUUUCUGAAGAAACGCAGAAUAGAAACUCGGCUAAUAACAGCGCUACACAACAGCCCAGCAGUGCUCUCAGAUCUGCGCAGACAUGUCGGGCUACUCCCGGAUCAUACAUUAUGCGACCAGCGUGUUAUGCGGCAAUAAAGGUUCAAUGGAAAUCUCUCAGCUGCAUCACAAGGUCCUCCAGCGCUUUGAUAUCUCCGAGGAUGAUUUCUGGUACGUCGUUAAGAAAUGCGCCCGCUUCGCAGUGGUCCAGAGCAGACCCAGAACAGAGGAGGACGGAGAGUCCGACUGCAUCGUCGUCGCCAAAACAUCUCUGAGACUCUGCAAGAAAUACUUCAAUAAUGAAUGUUACGAGUGCCAGGAUUUACAUCUGUGCAAAUAUUACGUUUACGGAAACUGCAGAUAUGGAAAAGGAAGGAAGGAGUGUAAAUUCUCCCAUGAUAUCCAGUCACAGCAUAACUAUCCCCUGCUGCGAGAAUGCACACUUCAUGAACUGAACGAGGAUGACCUCUUCCUGCUUCUGCUCCAGAACGACCCUGCGCUACUGCCAGAGGUGUGUGCUCACUAUAAUAAAGGCAUAGGGCUUUAUGGGGCCUGUACCUUUAUGGAGCGCUGCACUAAGGUGCACAUUUGUCAGCACUUUGUGCAAGACGACUGUCUGUUCGGCCCCAAGUGCAAACGGCUGCACAGUAUCGACGAGCAAAGCCGCAGGAUGCUGGAGGAACGUGGUCUCGGCGGUGACAUCAUCCAUGACCUGCCCUACAUCUACCAGAACGUUUAUCGCCUCAACUCACAAACUCUAAGCAGUGAACUGAUCUCUGAUCAAGGCGACAAACCGCCUGCUCAGAUGGAGAAGAAUGAAAUCUGUCUCCACUUCAUACGACGGAAAUGCAAGUUUCAGGACCAGUGCGUUCUUGUCCACUUCAAUCUUCCAUAUAAAUGGGAGGUUAAUGACGAGAAAGGCUGGAGGGAUUUGAGAAACAUGGAGGAAAUAGAAAGAGCCUACUGUGACCCAAAGAAUGAACACAGUCCAGGCUCAAAACCGGUGGAUUUUGGGUCCAUGACUAGGAACCAUAACCCCGUGCGCCGACUCUCAACAGUCUCUUCCGUCUCUAAACCCGCCCACUACAUCCUGACAACAGAGUGGAUUUGGUACUACAAAGGAGAUCAUGAGAACUGGAUAGAGUACGGUCAGCCGGAUGACAAGCAACGUGUGACGUCUGUAACGUCCCGAGAGCUGGAGAAAGCAUUUCAGGAGGAUAACAAUGCAGAGGUUACUGUCCUUAAGGGAAAUAGGCAUUACUAUGUCAGUUUCCAAGACAUGUAUCAAAGAAACCCCAAGCACAACACAAAGAGGAGGGUGCGCAGACGACCACGCUUUGUGUCUAUCAAUGAGGUGGAGGCUAAAGCUACCCAGUGACAUACCCACACACACAAACACACACUGUUUAUGGACAAGAGGACUUACAUUCAAAUUAUGGGUUACUGAUUAGGUUUUGUAUCACUUUUCAAAUCAUAUUUAAGACGUAUUAAUUUUAAGACAUCUUAAAAUAUUCCAUUAUUUUUAACCAAAAUGUACUUGUCUUUGCCAAAAAAACAAACAAAAAAAUAAUGUGGCAACAUUUUUUCAUUUUUUAAGUGCUUCUGAUUUAUUAUAGCUCAAAUAACUGCUCAUACGAGAGAGUCUUUCCUUCAAAUGGACACAUUUAGAGACUGUGACUUUAGCAUCAUUUUUCCUUUAUUUUUUCAUGCCUGUAUUUGUCUGGUGUGCCUUUAGUGAAUGUGGUACCUUUGUGAGGUGAUCAACUCGUGAGGUAUAAACUUGCCCUUUUUUCCAUAUCAUGUAUUCAUCAAUAAACACUCCCUGUUUUUCCUA